AUGGAAGAUAUAGAUACAAAUAGAGAUAUAGAUAAAUGUUAUUUUAUAUAUGGUAGUAGUUAUCUACCUAAUAUAAUCAUCUAUCAAAUAGUUGAAGAGUUGGUGAAUGACAUUGAUUUGAUAUGUCUGUUGUUCACUUGUAAACAGUUUUAUUAUAACUUUAGACAACAAUACAAGUGUAGAUUUAAAGGUGUAUCAUUAAUUGAUCAAACAAAAUGCUCAUACAAGAUAAGAUACGGCACUCUGCACGCAACCAAAUCAUUCAACCUUCGAUCAUUCACCGAUAUAUUUCAUAGAUCAAUAUCUAAUCAACUUGUCAAAAGCAUCACCAGCCCUCUCAUCAAUUAUAAUAAUAAUAGUAAUAAUAAUAGAGAUGAUUUGAUUGAAAAAGCAUUGAUCUACAAUAUAAUAGAAUCAAAUGAAAACAACAACGAUGACAACCAUAUUGAUGCAAGAAAGAUGAUGGAUGAUCUACCAGAUACUAUCAAAUGGCUCAUCGUUGAUAGUCCUGCUCGUCUGAGAUUCAGACGAUUAACACCCCUGUCGUUGGAUGGAUACAAGUUUCCGAGUCAGCUGGAGAUACUACAUUUAAUAUUGAACAGCAGCAUUGCAAAUGUAUUGCUACCAGAGACAUUGACCGAAUUGACUUUGGACACACCUGACAAUGGUCUUGCAGAAGGUUUGGUUCCACAGUCGGUCAGAUCACUCACACUCCAGAACAUCAUUUAUCGUGGUUCAUCUAUAUCCACAGGAUACCACUUUCCUCGUCAUCUCUUGCAUCUAAAGAUCAAUUACGCAAUACAAUCUCCACUGCCGUUUCCACCAACUCUGCUAUCUCUCUCGUUGAGGAUGGCUACAGUACUCACCGACUUUAGAUUUCCAUCGAAUCUUGUCAGUUUAACACUCUACGCUGAACCUCUCAAACAACCGUUAAACCUCUGGCUUCUCACUGCACUUGAAACCCUCUACAUUUCAUUACAUGAAUCGCUCGGUCCGAGGGGCAUUCCAACGCCAAGUGACUAUCUGCGUCUCCCACCAAACCUAACCAGUCUAACACUCAAUGCCAAAACCACGAUUGAUUCAUUGACACUCUUUCCAAAUAGUCUUGUCAGUCUUUGUAUCGGAUACGAUGUCAUAAGUGGUGCCAUAGACAAGGGAGAGCAACUGCACCCCGCACUCACCCAUUUAAGUUUACAUGGUUGGAGUGGUACCCUACCGGCUGGGUUCAUUGCCUCGACUGUUAAAACCGUCAAGAUCGAUUUUAAUAGGGAGGGUUCCAUGUUGGAGGGUGCCAUUCCAGAAGGUGUACAAACACUCAAUGUCACCAGCUACCAUCACAAUGGAAUCGUUCAGCUCAUUCCACAAUCAGUCAAACAUUUCAGUUGGAGAACUAUUGGAAGGCAGAAUGCCGUAGAAGAGUAUUUUGCAUUUCCAUCAACCAUUCGCACACUUGGAUGUAUGAAAAGAAGUAAUCCCGCCAACUUCCAGAUACCCUCGUCACUCACCUCCCUAUCCAUCUACGCGCCUACGUCCCCAAUCUAUUCCGGUGAGAGAGAAUAUGACCUGUCAGCACUGUACAAUGUUGACGAAGGUGAAAACAAUAGAAAGAGGUUGCUUCCUGAGACAGUUAGCAUUUUAACAUUAGAGAUACCUUCAUAUCGUGGUUCACACCUCAGAUUGGAUCCAAUUAUCUAUCAAACCAAUGUAACUGAAUUGGUAAUACAAUCAGACUUUAGCGAACCCAUUUGUUGGAAUAUUCAAAGAUUUGAAGAAUUGAACUAUAGUAUCAACAAUAAUAACAACGAUAUCUAUGAUGUAUUGAUAACAGAAAAAAGUUCAUUAUUUGGAGGUAUCGUCAGACUUGGUAAACAACAAACAAAACUGUAUUUAAAUUGGAAGAGCUCCAAGGUUUCACCUAUAAUCAGCACGAAUCCCGUUUAUUUUUGA